GCGAGGGCGGGCUCCGUUCCCGCGGGCGGCAGGGGCAGAGGCUGGGCGGGGUCCAGGGCUGUGGCAGGAAGCCGGAAGCAGCCGCGGCCCCGGCUCGGGAGACAUGGCAGGCGUUAAAGCUCUGGUGGCGUUAUCCUUCAGUGGGGCCAUCGGACUGACCUUUCUGAUGCUGGGAUGCGCCCUCGAGGACUAUGGUGUUUACUGGCCACUAUUCGUCCUGGUGUUCCACGCCAUCUCCCCCAUUCCGUACUUCAUCGCCAAAAGAGCCACGUACGACUCUGACGCCACCAGCAGCGCCUGUCGGGAACUGGCCUAUUUCUUCACGACAGGGAUCGUUGUUUCUGCCUUUGGAUUUCCCAUCAUUCUUGCCCGGGUGGCCGUGAUCAAGUGGGGCGCCUGUGGCCUGGUGCUCGCGGGCAAUGCCGUCAUCUUCCUGACGAUCCAAGGUUUCUUCCUCAUCUUUGGGAGAGAAGAUGACUUCAGCUGGGAGCAGUGGUAGCAUUUUAUUUGGACAAAAUGCUUUUUAAUGUCUUAGCGUUCAUGUCAGAGGUGUAUUUGUCUGCGCAGCGGUGGCAUUUUUCUACGACAUUUAAUAUGCUGGUUCUUUUAUACCUUUAUAUCACGCUCACGACAAAGAGGACCGUGGGAGAAAAAGAUGCGGCACCUCACCUCCAACAGUGUCCCGGCAUGCAGGCGGGAGAUUGUGACGUGUUGGGGUGUCACUCGCUGGCCCAGCACUGGGAUAACACAUGCGCACACCUGUCCACUGGCUCAUCCAGGCUCCACGCAGGACCUCAAAGGCCACCACUGCCACCGGACGGGUCGCAGUCCUGCUGGGACUUCCAAGGAUGCUUGUGGCUCUGAAAGACCCCAGCGGCUCUGUCUGACUGGUGACCCCGACUCUCGCUGUGUGUGUGGACCACAGACCGAGACCGGCCACCUCGCUCCCAGGAGUUUUUGGGAAACACGGCCUCCCAGGGCCCCCCACUAGCCUCAGAGCCUUCGGAGGAGACACGGAGUGAGGGGCUAGCACAUCCUGAGCUGGGCAGAGCCGACGCGCCACGGAUGUUACUCCCGCCUCCUGCCCUUCCCCAGGGCUGGACCGCUCAGCCUCUUGUGCCUUGGAGGCCCAUUUGUCAAAGCUGCCUCUCCUGUCCCCUCACUCCUCUGUCAGUGUGAGACGGCCAUGCACAUGUGGGAGGUUCCAGACACAUGCCAUAGGGUCUGGCACAUGUGGUAGGGUCUAGACAUGCUGCAGGGUCUGGCCACACAUGGUAGGGCCCGUAUACACACCACAGGGUCCAGCUACUGUGUGGCCGUAGAGUGGCCACACAGGGUCUAGGCACACACUGUAGGGUCCGGCCACAUGUGGUAGGGUCCAGGAACACGUGGUUCUGGCUACACACUGUAGGUUCGAGACACAUGCCAUAGGGUCCGACCACAUGCGGUAGGUUCUGGCCACACACCAUAGGUUUAAAACACAUGUGGUAGGGUCCAGCCACGGGUGGUAAGGUCCGGCCACACCCCGUUUCAGCCUCACACUGUCGUUCCAUCUUCCUAGGAGGUCAACAGCGAUACCUUCACACAGGCAGGGUUGUUAUUUACCCAGGGUUGGGGUGAGGGUCCUGAACACCCCGGUAUGCUGCAGGGGCCUGGGGGCGGGGGGUGCAGACUAGGGCAGGACAGAGGUUCUGCCAGUGGCUGGGUCUUCAUCUGACCCUCCCGCCAGCCCCUCUCUCCUUCCACACACACUCCAGGUGUCUACUGGCUGCAGCCACUUCUUCGGCGGCAGAGCUAAGUGAGCCGAGGUUGAGCUGCUGGGUUUUUCUUGCCGUGUUGAUGAUGUCUUCAGCGUCUUUCUUGCCCUAUCGGACUUUUAAAAAUUAUUUUUCAAAAUACAUUUGUAACUUUUUAUCUGCUUAAAUGAAUCUGUGGGAAAAGAGAUAGCAACGAGUCUUCUGUUACAGCUUUGGUUUUUUUGUUUUUUGUUUUUGGCUUGACUUUUGAUCAGCCCCUAUUGAGAAGGAAAUACGGGAAACCCCAGAGUCAAACAUUUUUCAGUGAUGUGAGCGUUAUUCCUGGCACCAGUUGGGAACACAGAAGUUGGAAGGUUGGUGAGCUAGGUAAUGGGCAGACUCGGGGGGUGACCAGGAACCAGCAGACAGAGGCCUAAAAGGAGAAUGUGCAAAGUUAUCUUGAGGCUGUGUUUGUGAUUUGGGAUUUUUGUUUGUUUGCUUUUUGGGUCACAGCUGGCAGUGCUCAGGGGUUACUCCUGGCUCUGCACUCAGGGAUCACUCCUGGUGGGCUUGGAGGACCAUAUGGGAUGCCGGAGAUUGAAAUUGGGUCGGCCACAGACAAGGCAAACACCCUCCCGAUGUACUGUCACUCUGGCCCUGUGAUUGUCUUUUUAUAUUGUCCCUUGUGUGCCUGUAGAAUUAAUUGUUUCCGUUGUGACUCCCAUUAUUUAUAUGAGAAACAAGAUACAGACACUAUAAUUUUAACCAGCAUUUUUAAAAAUAUCACCUGUAUUUACCGUAUAGUAAUAAAUUUCACUUCUAAUACCAAA